GUGGCCCCGCUGUGUCAAACGGUGAUGAUCGCGGUGAUGUAUGAGCAGUGACGCAGCGGCCAUUUUCCCGCUGGACGCGGCUUCCCAUUGUGGAUACGAAGAACAAAACAGUCAAGCGAAACAUUACUGACGACUUACACUCACUUUCACCCCAGGUGAUCUGUAACAGCCAUGGCCCGUACCAAGCAGACUGCCCGUAAGUCCACUGGAGGCAAAGCCCCACGUAAGCAGCUGGCCACAAAGGCAGCUCGUAAGAGCGCCCCUUCCACCGGUGGAGUCAAGAAGCCCCAUCGCUACAGGCCUGGAACUGUGGCUCUGCGUGAGAUCCGUCGUUAUCAGAAGUCCACCGAGCUGCUGAUCCGUAAGCUGCCCUUCCAGCGUCUGGUGAGAGAAAUCGCCCAGGACUUCAAGACCGACCUGCGUUUCCAGAGUGCGGCCAUUGGAGCUCUGCAGGAGGCCAGCGAGGCUUACCUGGUGGGUCUGUUCGAGGACACCAACCUGUGCGCCAUCCACGCCAAACGUGUCACCAUCAUGCCCAAAGACAUCCAGCUGGCACGCCGUAUCCGCGGAGAGCGUGCCUAAACUCCUUCUCUCCUCCCUCACCUUCGUUCCUUCCUUUACUGUUCUGUCUUUCCAUCCCCUCACAUGCCGCCUCACCCCUUUCUCUUCCCCUCCUUUCCCUGUGCUAGUAGUGUGUAGAGGAUACUGAUUAUAUUAUAAUAAAAGUGUAUAGUUAGGUUUUCUUAGUGCUCUCAGAAGCAGACAUCUAGGGUACUCUAUUUUUGUGCAUGUUCCAACCCUGUGAUGACGCGACCUCCACCUGCACAUAUCUCCUUGUUUUACUGCUUAUAAUUGUGAAAGAGCAAACAGUUUGUGGCUAAAAUAAGGACAGCCACGGAUUGGGAUGAUGCAACUUAGGAAGGGCCGAACAGGUGGAGAGGAUUGGUCUUUUUCUGCUUGGGGGGGGUCUCUUCUCCACAGCAGGGUGCUAGAAGAACUCGCCCUUUCCUCUUCCUCUGCGAAACGUUUUCUUCCAGCUCUCCUCAGACACAGGCAGAAACACGGAGGGGGUGUUGGCUGAGUUUGGGCUGCGUCACCUCAGAUGGUUGCAUACAGUCCUUUUUUGCUUAUCAUAGUGAUCACUGAUAUUAUCUCCCAUGUUAAGACUUUCUUUUAAAAAAAAAAAUGUUUUGAUUUCUUUUUUCUUUUACUCAGAUUAUUUGUAACUGGGGGAGGGGUCAAAAUGACAUUCAGAAUGAGGAUGUAGUUUCAUUGGGGGGGUUUUUCACUGAAAAGGAUCUUUCCGACUUGUUCCCUUAUCUAUAGGUGUUCAUUGCCUAACAAAGUGAAAACGAAAAUUGGUUUAUUUAAAGCCAAAACAAAAUGGGGUCAGAUAUAUUUUAUAGCAGCUUAAAAAAAAGCUCCUUUGUAAAGCAAAGGCUUACUGAGGUUUUUAAUGUUCUGUAAAACCAAAACAUCUCAGAAUAAAAUUGACUGUUUUUUUAAGAAAAUAAAAAAGAAAGAAAAUGUAUUCUGAAAUCAUACGAGGCAGGUAAUAAUUUUUUUCCGUAUACAUACUCUCCCCACUCACAAUUAGAGAUUUUUCCCCCCCCCUUUGGAUCAGUCGAUCAUGUUUCUCAGGUCACUCAUUAAGCUUUGUCUUUUUUAUUUUCUUCUGUUCAGCUCUAUUCUUCCUCUUAUUUUGUUAUUUUUCUCUUUUUUUGAAAUGUUAAAAAUUAUGUUUGACUAAAAACAAUGUUUGUAAUUUCCAAAUUUGUCAUACAAGGUGGUAAUAAAUGGAUGUUACACACAC